AUGGCUGUGAAUACUACUCGCAGCUCAUGGCGGUCUUCAAGAACCUUACUCGUCUUUACAGCUACACUAGGGCUUUUUUCUGAGAAUUUCCUCUAUGGUUUCGUCGUCCCCAUCCUUCCCUACAUGAUCGAACAACGCCUAUCUCUAAAUCCCGCAUACACCCAACGCUUCACAACCGAACUCCUCUUCAUCCUAGGUCUCAUCUCCGUCCCCUCAGCGCCCAUAAUCGGGCACUUCGCCGACAAAACGCACAGUCGAAAAAUCCCCCUCCUGAUCGCUCUCUUCGGCUGCCUCGCCGGAACUCUCCUGGUAGCAACAACACUCUCCAUCUGGGCGGUGUACGCCGGAAGAAUUCUCCAAGGAAUUUCCGGAACGGGAGCGUGGAUUGUCGGGUUUGCCAUGUUGACGGAUGCGGCGGGAGCGAAACAUAUGGGGAAAACUUUGGGGUUGGCGGGGAGUUUUAUUACCGCGGGGGUGAUUAUGGGUCCGGCGGUUUCGGGCGUGUUGUUGCAGUGGUUGGGGUAUUGGGCUGCGUGGGCUGUGCCGUUGGGAUUGCUGGGAGUGGAUUUUCUGGCGAGGUUGGCGAUGGUGGAGGAGGUGAGGACGAGUGCGACGCUGGAGGGGCGGGGUUCUUCUUCUGGGACGGGGGCGGUGGAUGGGGAUCGGGAGGAGGAGGAGGAUGAAAGUGCGCCUCUUUUGGUCGGGGAUGUGGGUCCAGAUGAGGAAGUGAAGAAGAGGCAGCGUCGCGGCUUUUAUCGUAUUGUAUUGAGCAACGGGACGGCAUGGGCAGCAAUGUUGAAUGUCGUGGCUUUUGCAAUGAUUCUCUCCGGUUUUGACGCCACGCUACCUCUACACUUACGAGAUGCCUUUGGCUGGGGUCCUGCGCCCAUUGGAUCCAUAUUCCUCGGCCUCCAAAUCCCCUCCAUGUGUCUCGCGCCCUUCAUCGGCUGGCUGCGAGAUCGCAUCGGACUCCGUUGGCCCACGACCAUCGGCUGGGUUCUCACCGCACCUCUCCUCUGGUUUUCAGGCGUGCCGGGAGAUUCAGAUUUCCUCGGAAUUGGAGCGGAUCGUCGAGGGCAAGGCGUGUUCGUCGCCACCAUUAUUGCCAUUGGAAUCUGUAGCUCGUUGGUUCGUGGGGCGGGCACGUUUCAGUUGACUUCUACCCUUCAUCAACUCCGCGCACAAGAUCCCGACAUCUUUGGACCGGGAGGCGGUGCUUCGAGAAUGUUUUCGUUGACGGAGAUUUCGUUCAAUGCGGGUCUGAUGCUGGGUCCGCUAGUGUGCGGCUCGAUUUCCGAUGCUUUUGGCUUUUACUAUACGGCCUGCGUCUUAGCUGGUGCUUCUGCACUUGUGGCGAUUACCUCGUUUGUCUUUUUUACUCAUCAGUCGCUUGUGCGCGAGCUGGAUACCACCGCUACAUGAGAUAGAUUACUGAUACCACUGAUUACCUGUCACAAUGCACAAGCAGGGCUUUUGACUGCGCGGUGGAUGUCUUUUGCAAUCUUCUGAUUACCAGGGGACCUGAAAGAGACACAUGGCGGUAGUACUCACAACACGAGUACUCGAUCGAUUAUGUGCGUCGCGCGCAGCACUUACAGAGGUUGCACAAUUCCAUUCCAAACACGGCGAGGUGAGCAGGUGAUUUGAGGAUGUGGGGAGGGGGAAUGAUGUGGGUGAGAGGUGCGGCGGAUGUCUUUGAAAGCGUUGGCGCUCGGGGCCAAGCUUUGUGUUUGUAGGUGUGGGGGUUGAGUAUUAUGGGUGAGCAUGGAGUGCGGCAUGUGAUGAAAGGUUUGUUGGCGGAUUUGGAUAUUCUGAUGAAUGUGGCCAGUUGUCAGAGUAUCGAUGGAUCGGAUUAAUCGGGAUUGGUUGGAAAGUCAUCCCAAGGGCCCGCGGGUCGUUGAUACUGAAAAAGAGCAAGUUGUAAGCAGCAGUUGUGAAAAGUAAU